AUGAUUGCGGACAUCACUCCAGGCCAUAUAUCCAUGGAAUAUGGAUUUAGAGGCCCUAAUUUUGCCACCGUUUCGGCUUGUGCUUCUUCUACCAAUGCCAUCAUCGAUGCCUAUAACUACAUUCGAUUGGGCAAGGCCGAUGCCUUUGUGGUUGGUGGCUCUGAAGCGGCCAUUACCCGUGGAGGCAUCGGUGGGUUUAACUCAAUGCACGCUCUUUCGGUUCGUAAUGAUAGUCCACAAACAGCCUCUAGACCUUUUGACAAAGGCCGCGAUGGAUUUGUUAUGGGAGAAGGUUCGGGUUGUUUUGUAUUAGAAGAAUACGACCAUGCCGUGGCUAGAGGGGCCACCAUUUACGCCGAAGUUAUUGGAGCGGGUAUGUCGGCCGAUGCCCAUCAUUUGACCGCCCCACAUCCCGAGGGAAUUGGAGCCUAUAAUGUAAUGAAAAACGCAUUGGAUGAUGCGGGAAUAUCAGUUGAUGAUGUGGACCAUAUCAAUAUGCACGGUACGUCAACGCCGUUGGGUGAUAUUGCCGAGUCAAAGGCGAUUGUUAAGUUGUUCGAAUCCAGUAUUGAUCGCAUUGCCAUCAAUUCUACCAAAUCUAUGACAGGCCAUUUGUUGGGAGCUGCAGGCAUUAUAGAGUCGAUCGCUUGUGUUGGGGCCAUUAUGCACAAUGAAAUUCCGCCCACCAUUAAUUUGGAGGAA